AUGAUGUUGUCUCGUCGUGCGUGCUACAAGUGUGGCAACAUUGGCCACUAUGCCGAGGUCUGCUCUUCCUCGGAGCGUCUCUGCUAUAACUGCAAGCAGCCUGGCCACGAGUCUAGCGCUUGCCCUCGGCCCCGUACCACCGAGACCAAGCAGUGCUACAACUGCCAGGGCCUCGGUCACGUCCAGGCUGACUGCCCCACCCUCCGCCUGAACGGUGGUGCCAACGGCCGCUGCUACAACUGCAGCCAGCCCGGUCACCUCGCCCGCAACUGCACCAACCCCGCCGCUCCCGGCGCUGGCCGUCCCACCGGUCCCCGCGGUGGUUUCCAGGGCGGUUUCCGCGGUGGCUUCCAGGGCUACCCCCGUGCCGCGACCUGCUACAAGUGCGGUGGCCCCAACCACUUCGCCCGUGACUGCCAGGCUCAAGCCAUGAAGUGCUACGCCUGCGGCAAGCUCGGCCACAUCUCGCGCGACUGCACCGCCCCCAACGGCGGCCCCCUCAGCUCCGCCGGUAAGGUCUGCUACAAGUGUGCCCAGGCUGGCCACAUCUCCCGCGACUGCCCUACCAACGCCGAGGCUGCCUCUGCCCCCGUCCCCGCCGUUGAUGCUGCCGUCACUGCUGCUGAUGCUCCUGUUGCCCCCGCCGCUACUGUCGGUGUUGUCGAGGCUAGCACCGAGGCCGCUCCCGUUGCGACUGCGGCUCCGACUACCGCCGUCGCAUAA